AGCGUUCCCGCGCAAACCAGCGCCGACCUAACUGUCGCCGCCAAAAUAUCUGUCGUUCAUACGCAUAACCGUCGUCGUUCGGGGCAGAGGGUAGAAGAGGUUCAUUCGCUGUUUGAUAUUCCGAGGAGAAAGUUCUUCCGUUAUUCUUGUUCGAGGAAAGUUUCAAGAGAAUACCAUAAAGGAUGUCAGGACGUGGUAAAGGUGGAAAGACCAAGGGAAAGGCGAAGACCCGCAGUAGUAGGGCAGGGCUCCAGUUCCCUGUGGGAAGAAUUCAUCGUCUUCUGAGAAAGGGAAAUUAUGCGGAACGAGUUGGAGCUGGUGCACCGGUCUAUUUGGCCGCCGUGAUGGAAUAUUUGGCGGCUGAAGUACUCGAGUUAGCCGGGAACGCCGCGCGAGACAACAAGAAGACGAGGAUAAUUCCGCGUCACUUGCAGUUAGCUAUCCGCAAUGACGAAGAAUUAAACAAAUUGCUAUCCGGUGUAACUAUCGCCCAAGGUGGUGUCCUCCCUAACAUCCAAGCAGUUCUGUUGCCGAAGAAGACUGGUACCGGUGGGUCAGGAAAAGGCGAUAAAGCGUCCCAAGAAUAUUAGAACAACCUUUCUAACUUAACAGUACUUUAGGACUAUAUCCUUAUUUCUUCGAUCAUAAAGAAACAAAAUAAUAUCUAGAAUGUAUGAGAUUACAAUCAUUAUUCCAACCACAUACAUUGUAGAAUUAUCUGAAUUCACGAUACAAUUUAUUGGUUCAUUGCUAAAUUUUUCUUUUCGGUAAUGUAGUAACACAAUGCAUUAUUGCUUUAGACUAAUAUCUUACGUAUGUAUGAUUAAGUUCUAUUAUUUAAGUAAAUAUUCAUUAAUGUA